AUGUUUGAUUGACUACCUGGUUGGAAGUAGCUCCGUAGUGCCCUAAGGAGGGCUUUGUUUUCCCUGGUUCGAGUCCAGGAAGAGCGCGCUAUAGAAAUUUGUGUAGCGCCCUAAGGAGGGCUUGGUUUUCCCUGGUUCGAGUCCAGGAAGAGCGCGCUAUAGAAAUUUGGAUAAAUAUCUGCUGUUUGUUUCUGUUCAGAUCCGUUUGCUUUACUGUACGAUGGGGGGCUCGUAUCCUAAACCUGAGGUCACAGACACCCCGGCGGAAUGGAUGAAUAAGUGCGGUUUAGGCUAUUACGUUACGCCGUGGCUGGACAAUUUGGCUGGGUGGACGGAGGCAAAUCCUCAGAUUCCAUCGUAUCCCCGUGAUGGGACGUUUAAUCCAGGCUUCCUUGCUUCAGCGCACCGUAUGAUUUACGAAAGCAAUGGUUUGACAUGAAGAAGGUAUGGGAUAAAUCAAAGGGUGUUUACACCCCGAGACCUGUUUUAAAGGCUAUUCCAAAACCAAAACUUUCUCAGUCAACCUCCCAUGUAAAAGUGAGGGAGGAAUAGUUACGUCCCACUCAUUCCUCAUCUCAUAUACAUGUCCAGUAAAUUUGUUAGCACAUGAUUUAAUGUGCAAAUUAGAAGUAAAUCUCACAUCCACUCCAGAUGGACUAACUAUUGAAGUAAGUGAAAUGUGUGGUGUGCAGUAUGGGUUUGGAAGCCCUCUGUAUGUGUAUGUCUGGCAGCUCUGUUCAGAUCAGCUCACACAAACUCCAAAACACCUUGUACAGCUCGCACACUUGAACACCUCAUCAGUUGACACAGAUUAUAUGAUGAGGAGCGUUUGCUCGAAAUAGUCGAUGUGUUGCAACCUAGAAAUGACGUCGCUGUGAAUAUAAAGGAAGAAAUAGCUCCGGCUCAGGAAGGUGGCCGUCCGCGUCAACGCACCGUGUCGACAUUUUUUUUUUUGGAGGGACACACCGAAUGCUUUGCAGCUCCUGCGUGAGCAGUUAACUAGGUAUUUCUCCGCCUGAUGUUUUUGCCCUAUCCAGUUCUGUGCUGCCACAUAACAUUCUGAACGCUGCCUGUACGUCCCAAGCUCCUUCCCCUGUUCUCUCUGCUCUUCCUAACACCCUGUGGGCGGAUCAUAAGGACGAUGUGGGCUCUGUGAGCUGCUCUCCGUAUGAAGCUGUUAUUAAACACUCUACACCUGUUUAUGUUAAACAAUACCCUCUGUCUCCUAGUAAGCUCAAUGGUAUUGACAAUAUUCUAAAAUCUCUUUUGCAGCAAGGUGUCGUGGUUCCUUGUGUCAGCCCGUAUAACACCCCAGUGAACCCGGUCCCAAAACCGGAUGGCACAUGGCGCCUCACUCAAGACCUACGUAAAAUAAAUGAACUCAUCGUUCCCGUGGCUCCAGUGGUCCCUGACGUUCCUUCUCUUAUGUCUUCUAUUCCGUGUGACCAUGCUUAUUUCUCUGUGAUUGAUUUGUGCUCUGCCUUUUACAGUGUUCCUGUGGGCCAUGAGACUCAGCCCCUGUUUGCUUUCACACACAGGGGAAGACAAUACACGUGGACGCGGUUGCCACAGGGUUUCAUUGACUCACCGGCGGUCUUCACUGCCGUAUUGCGGGACGCGCUGGCUGAUCUCUGUCUUCCCCGGGGCUCCACGGUGCUCCAGUACGCGGAUGAUCUCCUGGUAACGGCGGAGGAUCAAGACGCUUGUGCUGCCGCCACAUUGUCUCUCCUCACACUCCUGGCGCAGAAGGGUUUCAAGGUCUCCCGCACGAAGUUGCAGUUUUGCCUCACAACUGUUCGCUACUUGGGACAUGACCUCUCCCAGGGUUCCAGGAGGCUUAGCCCGGAACGCGUUCAAGUCAUUAUGGACACUCAGGCUGCGGAGCUCUAUGCUUUGACUCGCGCGUGUAUUUUGGCUCAAGACACAGACGUUACUAUUUACACCGACUCACGCUACGCUUUCGGCGUGGCGCACGACUUCGGCCGCAUUUGGGUGUCUCGGGGGUUUACGACAGCCGACGGUAAGCCCAUUUCUCAUUCUUCACUUGUUACUGAUUUAAUCACCGCCUGUCUCCUUCCGUGCACGUUGGCCAUUGUUAAGACACGCGCGCACACAAGAGGGGACUCAUUUGAAGUAAAGGGCAAUUCAUUCGCUGAUCGAGUCGCUAAAGCUGCAGCCGCAUCCGGUGUCCUGCCUCCAGGCUUUAAUUGCGCUUUAGUUUCUACUGAUCGCAUGGUUAGCGCUGUCUUACCUGACAUAGAUCUCAUUUCCAUCCAGGCCUCGGCCUCUGUGGCAGAUACGCAGUUCUGGGACGCCCAGGGCGCGACAGAGAAGAGUGGCGUUUUGCUUGACGCACAGGGCCGUCUUUGUUUACCUCGUCACUGUACUCCCUUUCUCGUCCGCGAGUUCCAUGGUCCCACUCAUCGCGGCCGAAGAGGGGUAGUGGAGGAUAUGAACAGAACAUUCUGCAUCAAUAAUUUGCACACAGAUGCACACAACAUUCUGGACAAGUGUUUAACGUGCGCCCAGAAUAAUCUAUCUAAACCAGGCGCGGUACAUCAGCACCUUCCCAUACCCGACACGCCUUUCCAAGAAUGGCAGAUCGACUUCACUCACAUGCCAAAACAGGGCCCGUUUAAAUACCUUUUGGUCAUGAUUGACAAAUUUUCACGGUGGAUUGAGGCUUUCCCGUGUAGCAAAGAGAACGCCCGAACAGCAGUGAACAAACUUACACAGGAAAUUAUCCCACGUUACGGUCUUCCGGUAGGAAUUGACUCUGAUAAGGGAACGCCGUUCACCUCUAAGGUAACGCAGGAGCUAUGUAAAGACCUCAAGAUCAAUUGGCGUUUUCAUAUCCCAUACCAUCCACAGUCCUCUGGCAUUGUGGAGCGCGCGAAUAGAACAAUUAAGGGUAAGUUGCAUAAGGCUAUGCAAGACGCAGGCACGAAAAAUUGGGUCCAAGUUUUACCGUUGGUCCUCGCUGAUAUGCGCAUGACUGCUCAGGUCGCUCUCGACAAUUUAUCUCCGUACGAGCUCGUCAUGGGACGCCCCUUUCCUGUCCCUUGUCGUAGAGGCAUGCAGGUUAUAGGAACGGGUGAUCUUGAAGUACAUCUCAGCGAGUACGCGGUGGGUCUCAUGCGGGUGCUGGAUGAGUAUUGGGCGAGAGUAAAUUCCAAAAAGCCUCCCAUUCCAGAGGCACACACUCACCCCUUUGAGGUAGGGGACAGAGUUUUAGUAAAGAGAUUCGCUAAACUAAACGCUCCCAUGGAGGAGUCACCCUACAGUGGGCCCACCGAUGUACUCGCUGUAACUCGCACGGCUGUGCUAACGGACCUUUUUCCACAGUGGAUCGAUGCCAGCAGAAUAAAGAAGGCUCCAAUGUAAUAGAAAUCUAUAUUGUUGAUGCU